GGCACGGGGGAGAGCAUCAUGGGGCUCCAGCUGGAGAAGCAGCUCCUCUUCCUCUCCCUCCUCUGCAUUCUCUCCAAGGUUUGUGCCCAGCUGUGCCGGAGACCGUGCUACUGCCCCUGGGUGCCACCCCGCUGCCCCCGCGGGUCCCCCCUGGUCCUGGAUGGGUGUGGCUGCUGCAAGAUCUGUGCCCGGCGCCUGGGAGAGCCCUGCGACUUCCUGCACGUCUGUGACCAGAGCCAGGGCCUCGUCUGCGACUACAGCUCAGCAUCUGCAGGGACGGGAGGCACCUGCCACUUUGAAGACGAUGAGGAGGGCUGCGAGGUGAACGGCCGCCUCUAUCGGGACGGGGAGGUUUUCCAGCCCAGCUGCAAGGUGCAGUGCCAUUGCUUGGACGGGGGCUUCAACUGCAUCCCGCUCUGCCAGGAGGAUGUCCGGCUGCCCACCCCGGACUGCCCCUACCCCCGGCGUGUGGAGAUCCCAGGGAAGUGCUGCCCGGAGUGGAUCUGUGAAGCCCGGGACCAGCACCUCCUCCGGGAUGCCCGGGCAGUGUCCCCACUGCUGCCAUCCCCCUGCCAGGAGUGGGGCACGGAGUGGAGCGCCUGCUCGGCCACCUGCGGGCUGGGCUUUGCCACCCGCGUGUCCAACCAGAACCGCUACUGCCGGCUGGAGACCCAGAGGCGGCUCUGCAUGCUCACACCCUGCCCGGCCCUGCCCGCAGCCUUCCCAGCGAGGGGAAGAGGAAGUAAUUUGUAGCUGCGCCCACCCUGGAUUCACCCUGGAGCCAACACCUCAUCCCAGCAAAGAGUCUGGCACACACCCAUGGCACUGUGGUUAUGGUGAAGAUGGAGGAUGUUUCCAUUGGGAAAACAGAGAAGAAAGGAUAGAUUUUGGCUGCAAAGGAGGCUGGAAACAGAGAACAAGAUCCCCGUGUCACCCCUCAUCUGCCUCCUCUGUACACCUCGCUGCCCCAGAGGGUAUUCCUAGGCAGCAUUCCAAGUUCCUUAGGCUGAAUGAAAUGGGGAAUGGGGAAAUCCUGCUCCAAGCAUAAACCCACCCAAGAAACCAGGAAUUGUUUUCCUUUCCUGGAUCAGUGGGGCUUCUGAACAGGUGAUGCUGCUUCUCUGCCACACCACGCAGCUCCGCUUUGCAGGGACUUCAAGAGAGACCAGCACCUGAAAGCCAAAAUCCCUGGAGGGAACCCUCAUGCCCUGGCCCCCUAGGGAGGGAGCACAUCAUCAAGCUGCACCCCACAAGUCACUGCCACACCAGGCUGAGCUGCUCGGCCGUGCAGGAGCGCAGCCAGCCCACGGCACCCACCCUGCAGCCCAGCAGCCGCCUCCCCGGGCAUGGGCAGCGCCCUCCUGAUGGCAGCUCUCAUCCCCCUUCCCCUCAUCCCUCCAGAACAAACACGAGCCUUCCCGCUCUGCCUGGCCUCCUCCUCCUCCCCAAAGCGCUGGUGGUUUGGCAGAGCUUCGGCAAGCGAGGAGCUCAGACACCGGAGACUCCGCUGCGCAGCACCAGACAUACCGCCUGCCAUCCAAGCGCAUUCCCCGCGAGCCGGGGCCGAGGGAGAAGCAGGAAAAGAAGGGAAAACAAAUCUCAAAGAUGAGUCGGGGCCGUCGUCCCGAAGGGCUGGAGCUGCUCCAGCCGUGCAGGAGUCGGCGCAGGAGAGCCGCUCGGCUGCUCUGCCUCUACUUUCUGCCGGUCAAAAGUCCUUUUGGGUGGUGGAAAAUGAAACCCAAAUGCCCUCUAACGGCCUCGCACAAACGCGCAGAGGGAAGGCGCGUUCCGCCGCGGGAAGGGCGGCUGGAAGGAGCAGCGGUUUGGGUGGCGUGUCCAGGGGAGAAACGGACU